UCAAAGUGUUUGAUUGAUGGUUUCAAAGGCAAUGGAGUUUCGCGUCCUUGUGACCUUAGCUUUACUCUCUGUGGUGGUAAUAGGAACAUGUAAUGCUGCUUUACCUGCUGAGGUGUAUUGGCAUUCCAAGUUGCCAAACACUCCUCUUCCACAAGAUCUUCUGAGUCUUCUUCAGCCCGAUAUGGGAGACAAGUGCACCUUUUGGGACAUGGGCUUGGCGGAUAAAACUUUUGAUGAUGGAAGAGAAAAAUAUGGAAAGCGUUAUGAUGUUGCUUCUACAGAAAGUGUAGAUGAUAAGAGAGAAAAAUAUGGAAAACGAUAUGAAAAUGCUUUUGAAGGUGUAGAUGAUAGGAGGGAGAAAUAUGGAAAGCGAUAUGAAAAUGGCUUUGAUGAAGGUAUGGAGGACAAAAGGGAGAAAUAUGGCAAGCGAUAUGAAAACGCUUUUGUUGAAGGUGUAGAUGACAGGAGAGAGAAAUAUGGGAAGCGAUACGAAAAUGCUUUUGAUGAAGGCAUGGAAGAUAGAAGGGAGAAAUAUGGCAAGGGAUACGAAAAUGCUUUCAUCGAAGGUGUAGAUGACGAGAGGGAGAAAUAUGGAAAACGUUAUGAUGCUGCUUUUCAGGAGGGAAUGGAUGAUAGAAGAGAGAAAUAUGGCAAAAGAUAUGAAAAUGCUUUUGAAGAGGGAAUGGACGAUAAGAGGCAGAAAUAUGGGAAGAGAUAUGAAAAUGCUUUCAGUGAAAGUGUAGAUGAUAGGAGGGAGAAAUAUGGGAAGAGAUAUGAAAAUGCUUUUGAAGAAAGUGUGGAUGAUAGAAGAGAGAAAUAUGGAAAGAGAUAUGAAAAUGCUGUCAGUGAAAGUGUAGAUGACAAAAGGGAGAAAUAUGGGAAGAGAUACGAAAAUCCUUUUGAAGAAAGUAUAGAUGAUAGAAGAGAAAAAUAUGGAAAGCGGUAUGAAAAUGCUUUUGAAGAAGGUACGAAUGACAGGAGGGAGAAAUAUGGGAAGCGAUAUGAAAAUGCUUUUGAAGAAAGUGUAGAUGACAAAAGAGAAAAAUAUGGAAAGCGGUAUGAAAAUGCUUUUGAAGAAAGUGUAGAUGACAAAAGAGAAAAAUAUGGAAAGCGGUAUGAAAAUAUGAAAAUGCUUUUGAAGAAAGUGUAGAUGACAAAAGAGAAAAAUAUGGAAAGCGAUACGAAAAUGCUUUUGAAGAAGGUACGAAUGACAGGAGGGAGAAAUAUGGGAAGCGAUAUGAAAAUGCUUUUGAAGAAGAUACAAAUGACAGGAGGGAGAAAUAUGGAAAGCGAUAUGAAAAUGCUUUUGAAGAAAAUGUGGAUGACAGAAGAGAAAAAUAUGGAAAGCGUUAUGAUAAUGCUUUUAAGGAAAACACGGAAGACAAAA